CGAAAACUCUCAAAAUGUCAACAAAUCUUGCAAAGAUUUGCAAACGAGUUUUUCUCCAUCAGAGGAAAUGUCACCCCUUGACAACUGCAUUUUAUUGCACAAAAAUAUCUGCUCCUGAUAAUGAGCUGCAGAUCGAGUAUCAUCUUGACGGAUCUGUGGUUGUUGUUUCACUGAACAGACCGAAGGCUAGAAAUGCAAUUAGCAAGAACCUCCUUUCAAAGAUGGCAACAGGCCUGGAAAAAAUUAAAUUUGAUAACAAUUUAAGGGCAGUUAUCAUUCGAAGUGCUGUGCCAAAUAUUUUUUGCGCAGGUGCUGACUUGAAGGAGCGAGCCAAGAUGCCAAUGGAGGAGGUUGGACCAUUUGUCUCAGGGCUGCGCCAGUGUAUUACGGAGAUUGCCAACCUGCCGAUGCCCACAAUUGUGGCCCUUGAUGGCACAGCUGUUGGAGGGGGAUUGGAGCUGGCCCUCGCGUGUGAUAUCAGGGUGGCGGCUGACAAGGCAUCGAUGGGUUUAGUGGAAACCAAGCUAGCUAUCAUUCCUGGGGGAGGUGGUACACAGAGACUUGCCAGGCUAGUGGGUCCGUCCCGGGCUAAGGAGCUAUGCUUCACUGCACGAGUAGUGGGUGGGGUGGAGGCAGAAAGGAUAGGGCUCGUUAACCACGUCGUGGAGCAGAACGAUACAGGGGAUGCUGCAUACCAAAGGGCUUUUACAUUGGCAGAGGAGAUUGCUCCACAGGGCCCAGUAGCAUUGAAGAUGGCCAAGUUAGCCAUUAACCGAGGCAUUGAAGUUGAUUUGGAGUCUGGACUGCAGUUUGAACAGACUUGCUAUGCUCAGGUAAUACCAACAAAGGACAGGAUAGAAGGACUGACGGCAUUUAAAGAAAAGAGACUACCACGUUACAAGGGACACUGAUCCAUAUUCUUGUGCUAAUAUGGGUGUGAAGUUUGGGGCUUUUACGGGUGGGAAGUUUGGGGAUAAUUAAAUGCAGAUAGCAUGAUAAUGAUUGGUUUUAUACAAUAACUCAUUCAUGCAUUCAGUAUUGUGAUUCUACUGACAUGUAUUGAUAUCUAACUGUUGCAGCGCAAUGACUAGUGGCAUUAUCACUUUUUGACAUUCAUAAACUGACAUGAUUCAAAUGUUGUUGAUAGAUUAUAUAAUGCCAAAUAGAAUUUAAAAUUAAGAUCAUA